GGAAGACUUUGAGUGACGUAAAUGACACGAAGAAGAAAUGACCGGGCGUAAACAUGGCGUCUGCCUUGGACGAAGAUGAGAUCUGCAAUGAUGACUACUAUUCCCUGCUAAAUGUCCGACGAGAGGCUACCCAGGAGGAGCUGAAGGCAGCAUACCGGCGACUGUGCAUGCUGUAUCACCCAGACAAACACCGGGAUCCUGAACUAAAGAGACAAGCAGAGCAGCUUUUUAACCUUGUACAUGAAGCAUAUGAAGUGCUUACGGACCCACAGGCACGAGCCAUCUAUGAUAUCUAUGGCAAGAGGGGACUUGAUGUUGAAGGAUGGGAGGUGGUGGAGAGGAAAAGAAGCCCUGCAGAGAUUCGAGAAGAGUUUGAGCGGCUUCAGAGGGAGCGGGAGGAGAGAAGGCUUCAGCAAAGGACCAACCCAAAAGGAAUGAUAAGUGUGGGCAUUGAUGCCACAGACCUUUUUGACCGAUAUGAAGAAGACUAUGAGGAUAUGGGCGGGGGCGGAGUCCCACAUGUUGAAAUCAACAAGAUGCACAUAUCACAGUCUAUAGAGGCUCCCCUCACGACAAAAGACACGGCCAUUCUUUCUGGCUCUUUGUCAACCCACAAUGGAAAUGGAGGUGGCACCAUCAACUUGGCAUUGAGAAGAGUAACCUCGACAAAUGGAUGGGGCGAGGUUGAGUUAGGAGCUGGAGACAGUCAUGGACCUCUCUUUGGAAUGAAAAUAUUUCGCAACUUGACGCCCCGAUGUUUUGUGACGGCUCAGUGUGGGCUCCAGUUUUCAUCCCGAGGCGUGCGUCCAGGGGUGACCACAGUGCUGGCCCGUCACCUUGACAAAAACACUAUGGGCUAUUUGCAGUGGCGUUGGGGAAUCCAUUCUUCUAUGAACACCAGCAUCGUGAGGGACACCAAAAGCAGCCAUUUCACGCUUGCAGUCCAGCUUGGCAUUCCUCAUACUUUUAUGAUGAUGAGUUACCAGUACAAGUUCCAGGAUGACGACCAGACGAAGAUUAAGGGCUCAGUAAAAUCAGGUUUCUUUGGGACUGUGGUUGAGUACGGUGCUGAGAGGAAAAUCAGUCGUCACAGUGUGCUGGGGGCCACUGUCAGCGUGGGGGUGCCCCAAGGCGUCUCCCUAAAGAUAAAACUGAACAGAGCAAGUCAGACAUAUUUUUUCCCUAUUCACCUGACCGACCAGCUCCUGCCCAGCGCAGUAUUUUAUGCCACAGUUGGACCACUGAUUUUUUACCUCGCCAUCCAACGGCUCGUUAUUCGGCCCUAUGUGCGGGCCCAAAAAGAAGAAGACUUGGAGAAGCAGAGGGAGAGUUCGGCCUCUAAUAUAGCUAAGAAGAAACAGGAGGCAGAGGCUGCUGUGAUGCUCAUGCAGGAGUCUGUGCGCAGGAUUAUUGAGGCAGAGGAGUCUAGAAUGGGCCUCAUCAUCCUCAACGCCUGGUACGGCAAGUUUGUGACAGACAACAGCAGAAAACACGAGAGGGCAAAGGUCAUCGAUGUGACGGUCCCACUGCAGUGUCUGGUGAAAGACUCCAAACUCAUCCUCACUGAAGCCACAAAGUCAGGACUCCCUGGCUUCUACGACCCCUGUGUGGGGGAGGAGAAGAGCCUGAAGGUGCUGUAUCAGUUCCGUGGAGUCAUGCAUCAAGUCCUGUCAGGAGACACCGAACCGCUCAGGAUACCAAAGCAAUCUCAUAGGAUUGACACAGACACAUAGGGGUUUGUCUGCUGACCAAAAACCUCAUCUCUUGACUGUUGGACAGAAGAUGAAGAACCUCUGUUUUAGAUACGACUUGGAUUGAAGUCUUUAUUACUCAGAAAUCAUGCAUUUUCCUGUUUGUCUUUAUGUUCAUUCAAAAUGCAAAGCGGAGAAAUAUCAACACAGACUGGAUCCAUCAAAACCACUGUCCACGGACAGGGUUGCGGCCUGCUAAUGUGACAAGAAAAUCAAUGGCUACCAUCUGAUUCAGGUCUUCUAGCCUCCUUGGUACCCAUUAAUUUUUGUUAUUGCUUGUCAUUUCUAAGAGUCCUAUGUACUGUAUUGUACAAUAGCUGCAGUGCCUGUUUGAUCAAAGAAAUGAAAGCAAAUGUCUAUUUGCCAUAUUAUUAAAGUCUCUCUCAAGUUUGUCUGUUUUUUUUGUAAAAUGUUUGUAAUGUCAAGUAAAGGUAAACUAAGGUUUGUUUUAAGUUAACAUAUGUCCCGCUGACUGAUGCUACUUGUCUGUAAUAUAUUUCACAGAGAAAGGGAACAGCUGAACCGUGAAAAAUGUGAGUGAUAAUGUGAACUUGGCUGACAAUGAAAGCAGCUGCUGAUGAUAAAAUAAAGAUCGUAUCGUUCGGCUGAUUCAACAGAGCUUAAGACUUGGCUCGGCACGGCCAAAGGGACUUGUG